CUUCUUCACCAGCCAUCCCAGUUGACAUCGACGACGAACAACGGUGCCCCGCCGCGCAUACCCAGCGCAGCAACUUACAUAAGAUCAGGAGACGCGCAUCCAAAGACCAAGUCCCAUCAGCCAACGCGAUCCACCCUCCAGAACCUCCCAAUCGCAAAACCAGCCCUCGUCCGCCGCAAUCAAGAAUGGCAUAUGCAGCCCACCAUGUCCCCGAUUAACAACGGAUCCUCGAGUUCCGAACCCUUCCCCCCCUUCAACAACGACCACCACUAUGCCACCUCCGACGCCGACGAACUAGACCUCCUCGACGACACCGACACAGCCGCCAUCCUCGACAACGACCCCCUCUCCCACCACCACCACCACCACCACCAACAACAACAACAACAACCCCUCUCCUUCAAGCGCAAGCAGAAACAAACGGGCAUCUUCUCUCAACCAGCCAGGUUAUUCAACGCCCUCACCGGCCGAGCAAACCCCCCAAGAAACAGCGCCGACAUCCCCCCACCACCACCACCAAUACAACCCCCCACCGGCGCAACAAGACUAGACUACAUCCCCGGAAAUGGAGGCUCCAAAUCAGACUCAUUACCCACAGAUUGGCUCGCCGAAGGGCCAGGAAGGAGAGUAGGAUACGAAGACCUGACAGCCAUCGAUUGGAUCUUCGAGUACACCAAAGAGCGCCAGCGACAGAGAUCAUUACUCUCACGGACGACCUCUCUUGGGUUUCCUUUAUUGGGGUUCUUACAACGGGUGUUGGAUGCCUCACAAGUAUGGGUCAUUCUCAUAUUAUCUGGCUUGGCGGUGGGGACUUUGACGGCGGGGAUAGACGUCACGACGGAUUGGCUGGGGGAUAUCAAGUAUGGGUUUUGUUCGACGACGGAUGGGGGGGCUUUUUACCUGAGUAAAACUGCUUGUUGUUAUGGGUAUGAUGAGAUUAGUAAAUGUCAGGGGUGGAAGACGUGGGGGAAUGCGCUGGGGGCGACGUCAAGGGGGGGUGUUUGGUUUGUGGAGUAUGCGGUUUACUUGGUGUUGGCGGUGAUGUUUGCGCUGUCGGCGAGCUUGUUGGUGAAGGAGUAUGCUGUUUAUGCUAAGCAUUCUGGUAUUCCUGAGAUCAAGACGGUGCUGGGUGGGUUUAUUAUCAGGAGGUUUUUGGGGUUGUGGACGUUGAUUACGAAGAGCUUGGGGUUGGUGUUAGCGGUGGCUUCGGGGAUGUGGUUGGGGAAGGAGGGGCCGCUGGUGCAUGUUGCUUGUUGCUGUGCGAACUUGUUUAUCAAGUUGUUUCCGAGUAUUAAUAACAAUGAGGCUCGAAAACGAGAGGUCCUGUCCGCUGCUGCGGCUUCGGGGAUAUCGGUUGCUUUUGGGUCGCCCAUCGGGGGUGUGCUCUUCAGUCUUGAGCAACUGUCGUACUAUUUCCCCGACAAGACCAUGUGGCAGAGCUUUGUGUGUGCCAUGACAGCUGCCAUGGUGUUGGAAGCUUUUGACCCGUUUCGAUCGGGGAAGCUGGUCAUGUACCAGGUAACCUACAGCUCGGUGUGGCACGGCUUUGAGCUUGUCCCGUUUGUCCUCCUCGGUCUUCUCGGGGGUGUGUAUGGAGGGCUGUUCAUCAAAGCAAACAUGUGGGUUGCAAGAUGGAGAAAGUCGGCAACCUGGCUUCCUGGCCCGGUCAUCCAAGUAGUUGCCGUGGCGAUUUUGACGGCCCUUCUCAACUACCCCAACAACUACAUGCGAGCCCAGUGCUCCGAUCUUGUCUCCAACCUCUUCUCCGAGUGCUCAAAGCUCACAGACGACCAAUUCGGCCUCUGCAAGACAGGCGCCGCCUCAGCAGGCACAAUCAUCCUCCUCAUCUUCGCCGCGGUCCUGGGCUUCUUCCUCGCGGCCAUCACCUUUGGUCUUCAAAUCCCCGCCGGUAUCAUCCUCCCCUCCAUGGCCAUCGGCGCCCUCGUCGGCCGCGCAAUAGGCAUCAUCAUGGAAAUCUGGCAACACAACCACCCCAACUUUAUCGCCUUUCGCUCCUGCGAACCGGACGUGCCGUGCAUAACCCCCGGCACCUACGCCAUCAUCGGUGCCGCCGCCGCCCUGGGCGGUGUCACUCGGAUGACUGUGUCAAUAGUAGUCAUCAUGUUUGAGCUCACCGGCGCCCUGACAUAUGUCCUCCCCAUCAUGGUCGCGGUGAUGAUCUCAAAAUGGGUAGGCGACGCGUUUUCCCGGAGGGGGAUUUAUGAAUCCUGGAUUCACUUCAACGAGUACCCCUACCUCGACAACAGCGAGGAGAUACCGAUUCCUGACAUCCCGGCAAGCCAAAUCAUGACUCGGAUUGAGGAUUUGGUUGUUCUGACUGCUACGGGGCAUACGAUUGCUAGCUUGACGGCGGUGAUGGAGCAGCAUCCGUAUCGUGGCUUUCCGGUUGUGUCGGACCCGAGGGAUGCGAUUUUGCUGGGGUAUAUUUCCAGGGCGGAGCUGGCGUAUAUUUUGCAUGCGUCGACGCAGCCACCGAGGUUGUUACCCCCAGAGACGGAGGCGUUUUUUGCGCAUCAGCCGUUGGCUGAUCCGAGGACUACGUUGGAUUUGAGGCAGUGGAUGGAUCAGACGCCGCUUACGCUGCCUAGGGGUAGUAGGUUGCAUUUGGCGGUGUCGUACUUUCAGAAGUUGGGGUUGAGGUAUGUGAUGUUUGUGGAUAGGGGGGUGUUGCAGGGGUUGUUGACUAAGAAGGAUGUUUGGUAUGUGCUUAAUGGGGCGGAGGAGACGAGGAGGACGGCGGGGAGGGGGGAACCGAUGGGUGGCGGGGUGGCGAGGGAGGGGGGCGAUGGGGAGAGGGAGGGGUUGUUGGGGGUUGGGAGGGGGGAGGAGGAGGUUGAGGUGGUUAGUCCGAUUGGGGAUGGGGGGAGUAAUCUUUUGUGA